AUGGACGCGCCGGAUUCGGAUUUCGAUAUAAAGCUGCAGAAGAUAUCUGGUGACCUGAUCGCCGACCUUGACCGGGCUCUGACUACAUCAAUCCGCAAACCUGAUGGCCACGGCGGAACUCAGGUUCUCGACAUGUACCAGGAGCUUCCACAACUCCUAGAUCCUCACUUACCGAAAUGGAUCCCUCUUUUGGCAGAGUCGUAUCUAGAAUACUCCCAAAUGCGGCGCAGAAUCAAGAAGGCUGCUGAUCAGUCUGGUCUUCUUGUGCCCGUUGACUACGCAAUCUGCAGGAUCCUUUAUAGUUUCUGCAAAGUUCGCGGGGAAAAGGUCAUAAUUCGUUUUUUAAAUGCGGAAACUAGGUAUCUGGAGGUUCUUCUUUCGGCCAUCGAAGAAGCAGAGGAGAAGUCACCCACCACUGGCGAAUCGCAGACCCAUGGAUGGGAGUGGGAGCAACGGUACGUUGUGCUUCUUUGGCUCUCGCACCUUUUGUUGGCCCCGUUUGACCUGUCGACCAUUUCGACACUGGAUAUGGAAGAGUCUGCCGUUGCCCCUAUUCCGGGCUUUGAAUGGCCCGAGAACUUGCCUGGAAUUACAAUCAGAGUGAUUCCCCUAGCUAUCAAGUACCUCUCUUCUCCUGGCAAGGAGAAGGACGCAGCAAAGGCACUGUUGGUAAGGGUAGCUAUGCGGCGAGACAUGCAACAGCUUGGUGUAUUGGAUGCCCUGGUUCGCUGGGCAUUGGCUUCGCUUCGACCACGGGGGGAAAAUCCUGCCCAGUCAACCUAUUUCUACCUGGGCGUAUUGUCAUUCUUGGCAGGAGUGUUGCAAUCAUCAGCAGAGACCUCGGAUAUGGACAAGUAUCUGCCUUCCGUAUUCCAGUGCGUCCACGACAUCCCACUCGGCAACAAUGAGGUAUCGAAAUCCAUCAUCAAACUGGCGUUGGUGAGGAAAAUGAUUUUAAAAGUCAUCCGAUCGGUUAUUGCAUCUUUACUGCGACAGAACCGGCAGAGCAUGGCUAAUACGGAGAUGACGGAAACAGCCAUUGGCUAUCUGCUGGAUAGUGUUUCUGACAACGAUACCCCGGUCCGGUUGUCAGCCAGCAAGGCAUUGAGCAUCAUUACCCUCAAAUUAGAUCCCGGAAUGGCUUCACAGGUGAUUGAAGCCGUGCUAGACUCGCUUAAUAGGAACAUUCUCUGGACAAAACCAGUUGGCGGCCAAGCGGGAAAACCUACCAGGAAUUUGUCGGCUGUCAAUCCGCUGGAAUGGCACGGCUUGAUGCUCACGCUUUCUCACUUGCUUUAUCGCCGAUCUCCUCCAGCGAAGCAACUCUCGGACAUUAUUCAUGCGCUUCUUCUAGGCUUGUCGUUUGAACAACGAAGCACGUCCGGCGGCAGCGUGGGCGCCAAUGUUCGCGAUGCCGCCUGCUUCGGCAUAUGGGCACUCGCUCGUCGAUACACUACGCAGGAGUUGUUGAAUGUCCCCACAACAUCGGUCUUUGCGGCAAAGGCACAUCCGGAUUCCAGCUCCAUCUUGCAGGUUUUGGGUACGGAGCUGGUUGUGACUGCUUCGCUGGACUCUGCAGGAAACAUCAGACGUGGUGCCUCUGCGGCCUUGCAAGAGCUCAUCGGACGCCAUCCGGACACGGUUGAGAAGGGAAUUGAAGUUGUGCAGACUGUUGAUUACCAUGCUGUUGCGAGAAGAUCGAGGGCCGUCGAAGAGGUAGCUAUCAAGGUGACAAAGCUAUCAAGUCAGUAUGGCGAAGCGCUCAUCGACGCCGUUCUAGGAUGGCGAGGCGUCGGGGACAUUGACGCUCAAUCUCGACGAGUUGCUGGAGCUGCCUUUGGCGCCUUGACCUCUGAGCUUGCCCAACUAGAUGCUACGCCAUCGUCGUCUCGGUUCCUCCUAGCGAUACACCUGGUCAUUGCGCGUAUACAGGCCCUUGUAAAGCGUCAGGUUGAAGAGCGCCACGCCUUGUUAUUGUGCUAUGCCUCUGUUCUGGACAUGGUUUCACAAACGCCCACAGCGGGGCAAGGAGAUGCUCAGAUUGAUUCAGCGCUGGUUCAAACUAUUCUCAGCUCUGUACAUGACAUUAUUGAAGACACCCGGGUCACAGAGUAUAGAAAGCCGGAGUUGGUUGCCGAAGGAGCCAGCCGCCUAGUCGUAUCUGCUCUCCCCAUAAUCCAAGCUGCCGUUCUCGGGAACCAGCCAGGCCCGGCAUGGAUGUCAGGGCACGCCCUUCCAUCUUCAUCCCGUUCACGAGAAUACAUAGCUUCGACGUCGAAAUUACUGAAGAAUGCCCCAUGCCACGAGCAAGUUGGAAAAUUACUCUCCGCUCUGAAGUCAGUUACGCCGACGUGGCUGGCCAGAAACGAGCCCGAGGCCGUCGAACCAGCCUCCGAAGCGGCACUGGUACUUCUGCUCUUCUCGACCAGCCAAGACCAAGAGAAGAUAAUUCAGGAAUGGGCUAUAACCGUCGCAACCAAACCUACUACAAGGACCGUGACCACCGGCCAAGGUUACUUCCAUGCAUUAGCCAUGGCCCAACCCCUCGCCGAGCAGCUUCGUCCUUCCGAUCCGGACGUGGCCUGCCAGGCACUUCUAGACCGAUGGGCAAAAGACGACGACAUCGACAUGAGAGUGACUCUCUUGCAAAGUCUAGUCCGUAGCCGUCUUUUGCGAGCACAGGCAAACGUGUUUCUAAGCCUGCUCGUUGACGGACUCAACGACUACACAACAAAUGCUCGCGGUGACGUGGGCUCACACACCAGGGUACAAGCUCUCAGGGCGGUCUGGAAGCUAUGGGGCGACGAAGCAAGCCCAGAUGCCAAGUCGGACGUCAUGAACACAUCUGCCAGGGAGCUGUUCCCGUGUAUUCUGCGCCUGGCAGCAGAGAAACUUGACCGUGUUCGCCCGGAAGCGCAAGCCGUAGUAGCCCUGAUGAUGAAGGAGAGCGACUCCGAGUCCUUUCGGUCCCUCACAUUUUCCUCAAAGGCCUACUUUGAGAGUCUACUCAAGCUGAUGCUGUCAGAUGCCCCAUCACCAGUCCUUGAGCCUUGCCAAGUAGACAGGUCAGCGUGGAUGGCAGAACUCAUGUCCGGGCUGGUCACGUCCGCCGACGCAGGAAAUGACGACCUGGUCAUUGCUAGCCGCGCAGCUCUCACGGAUUUCUGCGAGACGUCGCAACGGCACCUGGACAUGGUCUGCGACGCUCUCGCUCUGAACCUGCGUGCUCACUACGCGGAUGAUCGCAUCGCUGUGCCUACGCUGGAAAUCAUCGCGUUUCUGUUUCGCGUCGGUGUAUUCCACCGCAGCAGCGGGGUCAAUCUUCGCCACUUGUGCUUUUAUACGCAGAAGGCGGGCUACAAGUCGGGAAAUGUCCGCAAACUCUGGGCUUGUGUUAAGGUCUACAGCGGCGUGGCAAGCGUGCCUACGGGGAACCAAGGUGACGGACAAGAGGCGGCGCAGGCCGGGGUGAAGGAAGCCAGGAAGAGAUUGGGUGCUUUGAUGCACCACCCGUGGCCGCGGGUCAGGAGUGUCGUUGUAGAUGAGAUUUGGGGCUUGUCUGGCUUUGCUGAAGAUGAUGGCGCCAGGUUGACCAGCGUCGAUUGGUCUGCGGCUGGAAAGACGCAGAUUGAUGCUACAGUAAAGGCGUUGGGGCUGGGGUGA